AUGAGCUUCACGUGCUUGGCCUUCUCCCUCGCGUCGCUCAACCUCGGCAACUACUCGCGCGCAUCGCUGCUCGGACUGCCCGUCGAGCUCGACGUGAGCUCGGCCGUCACACCCUGCUCCAGCACGAUCGAGAACCACGCGCACAGCGGCAGCUUCAUGGUGUCGCUCAAAGCCUCGUCCAAGUCCCACAUCGACCUCGACACCUCCGACGAUGAUGACGACGGUCACACCCACGAGCCGGCGCCGCUCUGCAGCUGCGAUUCGAAUGCCUCGACGAUCGUGGCCUCCGUUUGA